CUCUCCUCCUAAGACCACCUGGGAGAGAGCCAGGUGUAUGUGUGGAAUGGGAGGAGAACGGCUGCCAGGAUGACUUAUGGUAUGCUUGGAGUUGCUGUGGGCUAUAUAAAGCGAUGCAAUACAGGCAGCUUCCCACUAUCGCUGUCUCUGCACGCUCUCUGCAAAGCGAUAAAACUUGGCAGAGAAGGAGGCUUCCUGGCUAGGCGGCUGCUCAAGGGAGAGAUGGAUGGAUGUUCUCUCGCCGACAUUUCCGGGCACUCCGCCAUUCUAGUCCCAACAAACACAUCCCCAGAUGGACACAAGCCUUAUGACUCUGAAUUUAAGAGCCAGCGCUGCCCAGCUUAUGCCCACGACCCCUCUCAAAGCAUGCCACUACUGGAGAGGCUGCAAGGCCAGCAGGGUCUGAACAACGCAAUGGAAAUGGAAGACACUGGAGAAAAGUCUAGCAAAAUGCAACCCCAGAUGGGGAAAAUCUGCAGAGCCCUGAGCUACAUCACGGGGGACAUGAAGGCGUUGGGAGACUGGCUGAAAGAUAAGCCUCUGGUGUUUCAGUUUGUCGACUGGGUCCUGCGUGGCGUCUCUCAGGUGAUGUUUGUCAGCAACCCACUCAGUGGUCUGAUCAUGAUAGCCGGAUUCCUCGUCCAGAGCCCUUGGAUCACACUGACAUGUUGCAUUGGAGUCAUUGUCUCAACAUUAACAGCACUGAUCCUGUGCCAGGAGAGGUCAGCCAUUGCUGCAGGACUCUACGGCUACAAUGGCGUGCUGGUAGGGAUGCUCAUGGCUGUGUUUUCGGACAAGGGUGAAUAUUACUGGUGGCUUUUGCUUCCUGUUGCUCUCAUGUCCAUGACGUGUCCUCUUUUCACGAGUGCCUUAGCCUCGAUCUUCAGCAAGUGGGACCUGCCGGUUUUCACGCUGCCCUUCAACCUGGCUCUGAGCAUGUUCGUGGCCGCCACUGGCCACCACAACCCCUUCUUCCCCUCGACGCUCAUUCAACCCGUGACCUCGGUGCCCAACAUAACGUGGUGGGAGGCCGAAGCAUCUUUGAUUUUGCAGUCUGUCCCAGUGGGAGUUGGGCAAGUGUACGGCUGUGAUAACCCUUGGACCGGAGGCAUUAUCAUGGUGGCUCUGUUCAUUUCCUCCCCACUCAUCUUCACCCAUGCUGUGAUUGGCUCGGCAGUCGGGGUGCCUGCAGCCCUGAGCCUAGCCACACCUUUUAACAAUAUUUACGCCGGCUUGUGGAAUUACAACAGCUGCCUCUCCUGCAUCGCAAUCGGGGGCAUGUUCUACGCCCUCACCUGGCAGACCUUCCUUCUUGCACUUGCUUGUGCCCUGUUUACUGCCUACUCAGGAGGAGCACUGGGCCAUAUGUUUUCCGUGUUCGGAAUGCCUUUGGGAACAUGGCCGUUCUGUUUAUCUUCGCUCACUUUCCUGCUCUUAACUACCACCAACGAUGCCAUCUACAAACUUCCUCUCUCCAAAGUCUCCUACCCAGAAGCCAACCGGGCCUAUUACUUGACCAGAAAUGACGGACAAAGCGCCAAGUCCACCUGCGACGUGUGACAGGCUAAGCCUCGUGCAUCUUCCUGUCCGUAGUGGUGCCUCGACUUCCCAAGGAAGAUAAACAGCUCAGAAGGAAAACAAAGCUGUUGAUGGAGCUCUUCAUCCAUUUUAAGUCGCAAAUAACUUCACCCAGAUCAGCAAGUCUCGGAAUUCUCUUCGUAUGCCAGUCAGAAGUGAGCAGAAUAUCCUGUUUGUUUGGAAAGGGGUGUGACCUUGAUGGAACAAAUGAGGGCUGUGAUCUGUGGUGGCCAACUGCAGGUCCACUGGCUGGAGCAAUAUGAGCCGAUACCACCAACAUAUGUGCGUGUGUAUAUAUAUAUAUAUAAUCACAGUGUGGUUUUUUAAACAAUGCUAUACAGUGUCACUUGUAAGGAAUAGGAAGAAAACUUUAUUGUGUGCAACGGUGCAAUAUUAUACGCAAGUUACAUUCACAGGACUUUAGCGCUGGAUGGCACCAACUUUAUUAUGGAGACUGAGCACUCACCUGGGGGCCAGUUCAUAUGAAAAAGAGACAUAUUGAAGACCCAGACUACUUUCGGGAACAGAAUGGCUCCUGGGAAAAGAGGCUUUGGUGAUUUUUAAUUAGAUGAUAUUGAAUCAAGAAGACCUACCGUAACUUGAGAGGACAAAGCAAGCAAUGGGAGAGGUGGAUGUUUGGGGAUAGCAUGUUUGUAUUAAUUAUAUGCAAUGGGAGUGUCCGAUUACAGGUAGCAGAAGAGAUGUGGGCUAACCAUACUUGCAUAGUCUGUGUCACCUUGCUGGAAUCCCCAUGGUUGACUGGUGGGUUUUUAAUUUGCAAACUGAGAGCGCAUACUCCAGAUCACUGGACAGGUAAGGCAAAACUAAUCUGUGUUAAGCGCUCCUGAAUAUGCAUGCUUGUUUAAUGGCAUUGGAAGUGUCUUCUUGGUGGAUCAGACCAAUAUCCUAGGCAAGAACUGCAGCAGCCAGAAGGCACUCAAGUAUUCUGCCUCCUGUGCAGAAUGGGGCUGGUGAGAGUUGGAAUCCAGUAUCUGGAAGACCACAGGUUCCCAGGUUCAAUCCCUGGCAUUUCCAGGUAGGGCCCGGGAGAGACCCCAGUCUUAAAAAAAAAAAAAAAUCCUGGAGAACUGCUUCUAGUCAAUACUGAGCUAGUUAGACCAA